AUGGACCAUAAUAUCUGGGUGACAGUUUGGGAUGUUGGGGAUUAUGGAUGGUCGCCUGACGAUACGACUGUUGAGACGAAGUUGACGAAGAAUGGUGUCCCUGUCCUAGAGUGUAGUAUCCACGGCAUCAAAUGCGGAAGUGCCGAGAAUGUAAGACUGAAUAGUUGGAGGUGUUUUCCCAUAGAUGUCUUCAUGAGGGGUCAUUUGAAUGGCAGAAUGGUAGGUAGUAUUAUACCACCAUUCGGCUCAUGGGAGCCAUGUGGACCAGCUAGUGGGUUUAUCCCCUGCAAAACAAGGCAAAUAAUGCUCAAAGGUACGGUUCAAGACCUUAGUUUGGCCAUCGGACUAGGGAUGAUAUGCAGAGUUGUGACAAAGCUUGGUCCCCUGUGA